AUGAGUGGGGAGAAAAUACAGCUGGUUAGAGAGCUACAUGCACCGGCUCGUCGUAACUUUAAGCGCCAACGAGUGAUCGUGAAAGGCUUUGAUGACUCGUGGCAAGCAGAUUUGGUUGACAUGCGGCAGUAUGCCAAGAUAAAUAAAAAUUUCAAUUACAUUCUGACGGUCAUCGACGUGUUGUCCAAAUUUGCGUGGGCUGUUGCACUGAAAAAUAAGAGUGCUCAAUCGGUUGUCGACGGAUUUAAAGAAGUGCUUCAAAGCGGUCGAUCACCUAAGAAUUUUCAGUCGGACGAUGAACGUUGGAAUCGCACACUCAAGGGUAAAAUGUGGCGAUCAUUCAGUCUGAACGUAUCAUACAAAUGGAUUAACAAUAUACAGCAGUUGGUGGCGGAAUACAAUAAGAGCAAACAUCGUACCACGGUUAAGCCAGCAAAAUAUAAAGUCGGAGAUUUCGUAAGAGUCAGCAAGUAUAAGACGAUAUUCGCGAAAGGUUACACGCCAAAUUGGUCGACGGACAUUUUCAGGAUCCAAAAAGUACAAAACACAAACCCGCGAAUUUAUCUUCUGAUAGAUCAGUAG